CGGCGUUUCACAACUAACGAUGUGAGUAGCCAGUGCCCCGGCGUCUGCCAUGGUGCUGUGAAUCCUCCAAUAGCCUGCCCAGAUCCCGUCAACGCCGGUCCCAUCGUCAAUCCGCCGCCAUCGAGUGGCAUACAACAGGACCUAAACGCCGUUUCCCUUCCUGUGCACGGUGCCGGUCCAUUGACGUUACAUUUUCGUAAAAUCAUGACUGGAGAUAUCAAUGUAUCUCCUCAAAGCAUGGACUGUCGGGCCUCCAUGUCGGCCAUCAUUUCCUCACGCAUGAUCUCUGCCAUCUCAUUGGCGGCUUGCGCGUCCAGGCUUUGUCGUUGUGGUUUGAUCUCUUCUGGUUCCUCGACCAGCCCGUAUCUCUCACUCAAGUUCUCGGUCGGGAUAACGGUCUCGCAGUGACACUUGUUAUUGUAUCCUGAAUUGUGCUGGGCCGAGGAAUACUUGACAGUCAUCUGGGUUGGCGAGGUUCUGCCGUCGCUGUGCUCUUGCGAGAUGAGAUUGCCUGGGCAAAGACCCGAAUGUCUUCUGGUGUGGUUGCGAGGACGAGGAAGCUCUGUCGGCAUGCAGAUAUCUGGACAGAAGCUCUCAUAACCUUCAUCUUCACUGUGGUGAGAAUGACUGCGGGUCAGGAUGAGGUUCUGAGACGAUCGCCGCAUAUGGCAUUUCGAGCAGAAUGGCUGUGGAGGGGUGUGACUCUGGGAUAGCCUCCUCAGGCGUGGGUGAACUGCUCCAGGCAUCUCCGUCUGACCUAGACAAUGUCAGAAACCGUUUGACUGGGCGGGCACAACGAACUUACUUGGUGAGCGAGCAAUAUCUGCUUGAGCGUCCGUCCAGUCCACACCCUUCUCACGCGUUGGAAGGGCACCAUUGAACAUCUGAGCGAACGGGUCGUAUUGUACCAUAUUGGGUAAAGUCCCAAAGAAUGAGUGAUGUGGUUGGUUGGGUGAUGAUGUGCUAGACUUGGGUGUCUUUCUGGAUUGGUGAGAUGAUGAGCCGUUGUCCAGACAGUGUCUCGAAGGCCCAUUUAUGGAUUUCACAAAAGCAUUGGUCUGGGCGGAGACAGGGGUGGCAUUUGAGACUGCCACCGGCGAUUACGAAAUGAACGCAGCAGGACUCCGCUCCGCUGCCAAUGAGCCUGCCUUGCUCGAAACAAGGGACAGUUCAGGAGUGUUUCUCGAGCCAUCUGGUGAUGGCCAGAUAUGGCGGGAAAUACGUCUAGGGCAGCUGACUGCAUCAAACCACGGCACGCUUCCAGCGGAAGAUUAUCGACAGAGGCACCCGAAAGCCACUUCUACGGGUACGAGGCUGAACCUUUCAGGGUCGAAACAGGCGUCAUUGGUCCUACGGCACCCGCCGAUAUGGGGAGCAGGGGAGCAAGAGCCACCACACGCCACUCGCCAUAGGGAAUUCGCCCACCAAACGAGCUCUGUCACUCCACCAUGGUAAAAUAAAUUGGCUCAUGGCAGCACCUGCGAGUUUCCUGGUCGAACAGCAUCUCGUUUUCCCAUAGGUCGGGUACCGACUUCCACGACGUUUUCCUUGGAUAGCAACCUAAUCUCUAACAACAUUCAUGUCUCGUAAUUGACAGGGAUGUAUGAUUCUUCCUCUUCUGAAUACAGCUGCCGAUACAUGCAAGUUUCCGCCAUAACAGACGGAGUGGAUUGUGCCCAGGCCAAUCUGCGGGUAUGUCCCGUACAGGUCCCAAGGACAUGAGGGGUUUCCGUCACAAACGUCAAUAAUUACUUGAUGCCGCCUCAUAAAGCCAGGCAAAACGGGCACGUAGGGGGAAAAAGCCUCAUUGAUACCGACUCGAUGGCUUGACAUUAUCGUUCGCUCUUGCAACUCGGCGACAUUGCAGGUAGUUCGGGAGAAAAUGACAACUAGCAGCACUUCAGCACACUAGAUGUUGCAGAAUCUUCUGGCGUUCUACUCGCCUUUGCGAUUUCUUACAUCAUUCGGCAGCAACUGUCCGUGUUAUUCUCGGCAGACACUCCCUCCCUGCAGGAGGUGUUGCAUUCCAAUCAGGUCUGUUUUCGGGUCUGUAUUCGGCUCUUCGAGACAACUGUUAGAUUUGUCUGCAUUCCGCACCUGACUAGCCCUCUCUUCAAGCUUUAAUUAAAAGCUUCCUUCAGAGAUGAUAUCAUGUGCAAAAACAUGGUCUUGUACAGGACAUGACUGUCCCCACACAAAGGUCAUACCAAGCUGAGAGUCAAGCAGGUACUCCUUGAACGCUCAUGCCGCAGAAAGCUCGAGAUCCACUUUCACGCAUGAGGGUUGACGGGAUCGGUGUCAGUGUCAGGUGUUCCAGCAGAACUACUUCGGUCUUACCCCUACAGUGUUGACUGUCUUGUAAUCUGCACCAUGUCGUCGACUCGAUGGUCAUACUGAUCCAGAGGAAACAAGCAGCCUCCCAGGAUGCAAGGAUCCUGCCUCUGAUGACGGUACGUCGGUCUCAAGUUACUGACCAUCACCAGACCUGAUACAUCAACACCUUUCCAAAGACGAAGUGUGCACGUAUUAAUCGCUGCCGAUCUAACUGAGGCAACUCUUCGUACACUGGGAUCUCGCUGUUACAAUACCUGAUGGUCAGGAGAGGUCUCGUGAGUCCAGCAGCAGUAAGGCAGGACUCUGGGUACAACAUCAAGCAGAAAACCACUCGAGCUUGGGGACAAAUUUUGGUAACACGUGUUACGGGCUAUGACAUACACAGUACUGUAGGUUGCAGAUUCUCCCGCUUCUAGCUUCUCCCGAUUGUAGUCUCAUACGACUAACCACCCUCUUGCAACUCCUUGCUGUCCUGCAUCGUGAACUCAGCUGAUCUUCUAUCGACCGCGUUGGGAGAAGGAAUCCGCGAGAUUUAGCAGCGAUGUGUAAGGAUAGGGUCGCUCGCAUCUGACUUUUGAAACCCUGGGAGUGUCUGAUAGUCUCUCCGAGCGACUGCGAGGGAAGACCGACACAUUGCCCAGCGGCAUAGAGGUUCCAUGUUCGCUUCCAUCAGUAUCAGUGGUAUGAACCCGGGUGUAACAUAGUAACAUUGGUCAUCAGUCUACUUACGCCAAUCAUCGUGUAUGCAGGUCAUUGCAGCCGAAGAAAGUUCAGAGCGAAGAAACAGUUCGCUUCAAGACAACAUGCACCACAUAACAUAACAUAACACAGAUCAGGAGAGCACUGGUUCUUUGUCGUAACCCAUUGUUGUUGAUGUUGGCAACUCUUCAAAACACCCCAGCAUGAUAUUUACUCCCUACUACAAUUCAUCUAUCAUCUAGGUGAAGCGCAUUAAAGGCUUAUGAUACCUUGGCUUUUACAUCCUACCCCUACCAUCACUCCCACCACGACUAGACUUGUGGGACAUAUCCAAGAGGUGGAAUGAGGAUAACGAAAAGAAAACCGACGGGAGGGAGAACACGCAGGACGGACAUUCAUACAGAAUAUGUUUGUUGAAACUUGGUUUGAUUAGAGCAAACUAUCUGAAGCUAUUGUAGGAAUGCCAGAGAUAUGCUUGUGAGUUCUUUUUUGGUGGGUUUGAGAAGUAACGCUAGCCCUUGAGACAGCUCACGCCCGUGCAGCAAGUAGAAAACGCC